AAUGUCAAUUUUGAAGCAAGCGCAGUAGCGUCAGUCGUAGUUUGUCCAUUGUGUCCAAUGGAUGGAAAGUAAAUUUUCAUUCGAAAGUUUUAGGGUAUAUUAGAUAUACAUUUUAAAAUAACAUUUAUUUACGUAGUACCCGCGAAUUACUUUUUAUUUAACUUUUUAUAUUUUUAAUUGCGUUGUGUAAAUAUUUUUUGUAAUUCAAAUUUAGCGCUUGCGUAUGUUUGUGCCGGUUUUUAUCUAGUAUCACGUCAUCAGCCAUGAUGCAAGCGGGGAAUCGCGUCCCUUCCAUGAAAAUGGCAGAAAAUGAUAUAGAUUUGUAUGCAGACGAUAUUGAAGACUUUGCACAAGAUGAUUUUGGUGGAGAAAAUGUAGAUUUAUAUGACGAUGUUAUCUCUGCUCCUCCUGGUGGUAACAAUUCAGAUAAUCCCGGAGAUUCUAAUCAUCAUCCACCUCCCGGUGCAAGUGACGAUGGUAGCGGCAAUUUUGCAGGAACGGCAGUUUCUGUUAAUAAUAUAAAUGCUUCUGUAAGAAAACAUCAGCUGUACGUUGGCAAUUUAACAUGGUGGACUACUGAUCAAGACAUUGAGAACGCUAUUCAUGAUAUUGGUGUUAAUGACUUCAAUGAAGUCAAAUUCUUUGAGCAUCGCGCCAAUGGUCAAUCAAAAGGAUUCUGUGUCAUAUCCAUGGGCUCAGAAGCAAGCAUGAGACUUUGCAUGGAACUGCUCCCAAAGAAAGAGAUCAACGGCCAAAAUCCUGUAGUCACCCCUCCCACAAAACAAGCUCUAAGUAAUUUUGAAAGUCAGUCUAAAACUCGCCCUUCUCCUACUAACAAUACUAAUUCACGUCCUCCUCAUCCUAGCCAUCCUAAUAAUAAUAUUCACUCAGGUCCAAUGCAAAACUAUGGUGGUAGAAUGCCCAUGAGUCCCAACAUGAGACCUAUGCUUCCAGGUAUGCAAGGUGGUCCUAGAAUGCAAGGUCCUCCUGGUUUCAAUGGACCUCCUUCUAUGAAUCAACAACCUCCAAGAUUCCAGGGUAACCCACAAUGGAACGGACCAAGACCUAAUGGUCCUGGUCCUAAUAUGGGUAUGAGACCAAUGGCGCCUCCUCCUGGUCAAGGUGGGCCUCCAAGACCCCCAAUGGGACCACCACAACAAGGUCCACCUAGAGGUAUGCCGACUCAAGGUCCACCUCCGAUGCGUCCUGAAUGGAAUCGUCCACCGAUGCAGCAAGGAUAUCCUCAAGGUCCACCGCAUAUGCAAGGUCCCAAUAUGGGUCCGAGAGGUCCGCCACCGAUGGGACCUCCUGGAGCACCGCCGCCGCAAGGGCCAGCGCCUCACGUUAAUCCCGCUUUCUUUCAACAAGGGGGAGGACCGCCGCCGCCGAUUCAACAUAUGCCUGGACCAGGGCCUGUCAUGCCACCUCAAGGACCACCACAAGGUCCCCCUCACGGACCCGUCGGGCCACCUCACGGACCUCCGAUGGGCCCGACCAACGUCCCACCUCACGGGCCGCCUCACGGAUACGGUCCGCCUGCAUCUAUGCCGCAACCUCCGUACGGUGGUCCGCCUCCUGAUCACCGCUCCGAUAUUCCACAAUUGACCGAACAAGAAUUCGAGGAUAUCAUGUCGAGGAAUAGAACAGUUUCUAGUUCGGCAAUCGGUAGAGCUGUAUCAGACGCAGCUGCUGGCGAAUACGCUAGUGCUAUUGAAACAUUGGUUACUGCGAUAUCACUUAUCAAACAAUCUAAAGUCGCAAACGAUGAUCGCUGUAAGAUUUUGAUCAGUUCUUUGCAAGAUACGUUGCGAGGCGUUGAAGAUAAGAGCUACAGUUCAAGUCGUCGGGAUAGAUCGAGAUCGAGAGAUAGAUCUCACAGAAGAACAAGAAGGGAACGAUCCUCUUCGAGAUACAGAGACAGGAGUAGAGAUAGAGAACGUGAAAGAGACAGAGACCGUGAUCGUGAAAGGGACAGGUACUAUUCUGACAGAUACAGCGACAGAGAUAGAGAUCGUGAUAGAUCACGAAGUAGGGAACGAGCAGAUAGAGAAAGAGAAAGGGAUUACAGAGAUCGUGAACCGGAAGAAACAGAGAAAGAAAAAUCUAAAGUAUCCCGUGUAUCUAGGUCGAGGAACAAAUCUCCUGAUCCCGUAGAAGCCAGUACUGACAUAACAAAAUCUUCAAGAUAUUACGAAGACAGAUAUCGCGAACGAGAACGAGAAGCUCGAAGGGAUAGCGAUCGUGAUAGAGAACGUGACAGAAGAGGUGAUGACAGUCACAGAUCUAGACAUUAAAACAUUGAAAUAUCUAAUUAUUUGGAUCACAAAAACAAACAUUCACUCGUAAAUUUAAUCGGCUUUGAGUUGAUAUGGAAUUUCUAUAAAAUCAUCGUUGUGGAACUUAUUAAUUUUAUUGUUGUGGUUCUACAGGGUCCAAGUUAAUAUCUCCAAUGUAGAAAUCUUCAUUUCUAUCCAGGAACCAAAAUAUUUUUGUUUUCGUAUGUAUUUGAUUGUUUUUACUUUCGACUCUAAAUGGUGAUUUAAAUGAUUGUAUUUGUGAUCCCAUGUCAAUUUUUUUCAGAUUUUUUUUAAGUGAAUUAGUAUUUCUUAAUGUACUAAAAUAUAUUUUGGUUUUGUAAUAAGUAAGUUUUAAUGUAACGAGAAUCUGCGUUUAUGAUUUCAGUGUGUAGUAGUACCAAAUUAAGAUACAUAUUAAACUGUUAAAAUCAGGUGUGAAUGAAACUCUAAAAGAUCAUUUCUAAUAAAGUAAGAUAAUAA